AUGUGCCAGGCUAUCCUGCCGUGCCACGGCAACCACCUGGGAGAGCUGGCAACGGGGCAGCUACUGAAGUGGAUGGACACCAUCGCUUGUCUGGCAGAGACAUCCGCCUCCAGGCUUCCCACUGCGGAGUGGCAGCCUUAUCAUCACGCGUCCUGUCUGGAGGGGGCAGGAUGCUCUUGUGAAAGUGUCUGGCUCACGUUAUCCUCGGCGCAGGUCAUCUAUUUGCGGAUCAGGGGCCAAUCCCAGCAGCUGAAGUGUCUUGUCGGAGGCCAGCUCGGAUCACAGGGACCCUCCUGUGUUAUCUCUCGAGUGCUGGGCCUUGGCAGAGGUUGUGAGAGUCUGGGCUGGCGCGGCCCUGGCUCACUGUCCAAAGACGAGCGCUACUUAAAACCAGCGCUAGCCAAUGCUGGCGCUCUGAAGCCUUUUUUCUAUUUCCUUUCUUCUCCUUUCGUUAUUACUCUCUUCUCCUUUCAUUAUCACUCUCUCACUCCCCUUUACUUCUCUAUCUCCCCCACUCACCCCCUCCAUGUAUCCUUCUUCCUCUUCAUAACUCACGCUCUCUGUCCCGUCGUCUCUCCUCAUGUGUCCCAGUUCAGGUUGGGUGAGGUGGAGCUGCAGCCGGUGCCAGAGCCUGCGGCAGCGGUCCGGGAGCUCAUCACACACGGCCUGGAGCGCGGGGCCCAGCUGCACGGCAGGAACCAGCAGCUGCAGCAGGAGAACCAGAGGCUCAAGCAGGAGCAGCAGCGCAUCACUGGAGACAUGGAGCGCUACGUCCAUGGGAAGGAGACCCUGGAGCAGGAGCUCUACAGCCGCUUCGUCGUGGUGCUGAACGAGAAGAAGGCCAAGAUCCGAGCGCUGCAGGCCAGGGUGAAGCAGCUAGAGGAGUCCUUGGAGGAGGGGCGAGAGCCAAGGAACGCUACGAAAGCAGGGGGCAGUAAGGCUGCAGAGAGUGGAAGCCCUGGGCAGAGUCCACUGAGGGAGGCCAGUGACUAUGGCGCCAGCACUGAGGAGGAAGAGGAGGAGAAUGAGCAGCCUUCAACCUCUGGCAUCAACACCUCUGCCAAAGACGCGUUCAGUCCCAUGGACGACGGCGCCGGCGACAUCACGGAUGUAGCGCCCAGCCGUAAGCGCCGACACCGUCACCUCCAGCUGCUAGAGGCCCAGGCCAAGAAGCGGGCUCUGGAAGAACCACAGAGAUCCAGGAAUGAGCAGACACAUGCCAAGGCAGAGGCCAAAACAGAGGCCGCCCCUCGUCCAGCACAAGUCCCAAAAGCGAAUCCCGAACCAGAGGACCUGUUUGAUGACAUUUGACCUCUUCUUCAUUCAUUUCCCCACAUAUCUGUGGAAAGGAUGCUGUUUUUAGUAAGAAGCCUGCUGACAAUGAAUGGAACAAUUUCCAUCAUUAAUUUAAACACUUCCCUCAUUCUGUGAACCUGCAAAAAAUCCUUUUUUUAUCUUUGUAUGCUAUUCUUUUGUACUGUAAAGCUGUAUCAAUAAAGUAUUUUAUUGUUUAUUCAUU